AUGCAAUCUGGGGGUAGAUCAAGGAAGGCGGCGGAAGAGGAUGAACAUGACGUGGUGCGAGGGGCGCAAGGCGAUUUGGUAAUAAGGUCCACGCGGGUGUAUGUUGGUGACACUGGUGGUGCCGCCCCAUCACCAGUUUGGCACCAUCAUAUGGAGCAUCACGGUGAUCCACCGGAGCAAUUUGACGACGAGGGAGAUAUUGUCAUGGACCUCGAUGGGGUCCCGGCGCAGCACGAGACAGGAGUUUUCAUGAUAUCGUGCAUGUUUUGGAAUUGCCAGGGCGCGGGUGGCAAGCCGUUCCUACGCGUCCUUAAGCACCUCAUUAAUUCGUAUAAACCAGGCAUCGUGAGCCUUUUUGAACCUAAAGUCUCGGGUGGCCAAGCGAAUGAUAUUUGCACAAAAAUUGGCUUCUCGAACUGGAUUAGAGUGGAAGCAGUCGACUUCAGUAGUGGUAUCUGGGUUUUCUGGAAAGAUCCGAUGCAAAUCUCAGUUCUUCGAACUCACCCUCAAUAUGUUUUAAUGCAGGUAUGCAUGCUAGGCCAAACGCCAUGGUACCUCGCAUCGGUUUAUGGAAGUCUGGCACACCAUCUGCGCCGGAGGCUUUGGAAUGAUUUGCGUCAAGUAGAACGUGGUUUUUCGGGACCUUGGCUCGCAGCGGGGGACUUUAACACAGUCCUCAACAAAGAUGAGACGAGCAACUAUAGCUCGUUCUCAUCUUACAGAAGUGCGGAUUUCGGAACCUGGAUCCAGGAUGAAGGGCUCAUUGACCUGGGGUUCACAGGGGCCAAGCUUACGUGGGUAAAGAACGGUAAUGCAGAGUCCAUCAAAGGAGCACGGCUGGAUCGGGCCCUUUGUAAUACAGAAUGGCGUACAAGGUUCCCAGGUGCAAAGGUUACUCACCUAGCUCGCAUUGCUUCUGAUCAUGCUCCUUUAUUUUUGCAUGUUGAUGGGGAAAGACAAAAGGUCCCCCGUGCACCCUUCGUCUUUCAGGCAGCCUGGCUUACUCACACGGGCGUAAACGAAGUAGUUGAACGCGCCUGGAACUCAGACAGAGGGGUCCUGGAGAAUACCCGGCGAGUGGCCAGCGAGCUAGCCACCUGGAAUAUGGAGUCUUUUAGAAACGUGUUCAAACAUAAAAGGGUGUUGAUGUCCAGAAUCAGUGGUAUUCAAAAGGUGUUGGCAGGGGCCUACCACAAAGGCCUUGCUAAGCUCGAUCUCAAACUCAGGGAGGAGCUCGAGACCAAUGACUAUGGCGUGUGGCUUACGGAGGAGAAGGAUCUUCGGGACCAUAUCCAAGAGUUCUACAUCAAUCUCUUCUCAAUUGAGCCGAGCGAGGGUAAUGUUACUAAUCUGGGAGCUCAAUUCCCCCGCCUACGCAGGUCGGAUUGGAUUUGUUUUAACAGGGCGGUCUUAAAAGAGGAGGUCCAUCUAGCUCUUAAGGAUAUGAAACCUUUCAAAGCCCCAGGCCCCGAUGGCCUACAAGCAGGUUUCUACCAGCAUAUGUGGGACGUAGUAGGGGACGACGUUUUUCUCUUGGUAAAAGAGGCAUUCGCGACCGGCACCCUUCCGGAAGGCCUAAAUGAAACCCUCAUUGCCCUGAUCCCAAAAGUCAAGGACCUGGAAAGUAUAAAGCAAUUUAGGCCCAUCAGUUUGUGUAAUGUGAUCUACAAAAUCGUCACGAAGACCAUCACCAAUCGCCUGAAGAGAAUCCUUCCAAAGAUAGUAGGCCCUUUCCAAAGCUCGUUUGUACCUGGACGUCAAAUUUCGGAUAAUGUCCUAAUCUUUCAGGAAGUUAUGCACACAAUCCGUGAAAAGCAGGGAGCGAAGGGGUAUAUGGCAAUCAAACUUGACCUAGAGAAAGCAUAUGACCGUCUAUCGUGA